GCUGUUGUACUUACUUAGUACUUAGGCGAUCCCUCAUUGUCCGAGUAGAAUUGUCUUCCAAGAUCAGUGUGCUGACAGUGGGUCUGUAGGUGACUGUGGAGCCUGAUUCUUGACCUGUAUGUUCUCCCACAGUGAGGGCCUUGGUUUCCAGGUAGAAGGUGGUCUGAGUUGGGGUUGGCUUGAUGCGCCUUCCUUGAUGCGUAGCCUUUGCUUUCUGACAUCUUCAGAUGAAGAAGGGAAGAGGUUCUUCAGCCCAGAUGGAGCCCAGAGUGAAGAUGGAGGAGCCAAACCAGGCCAGCCCUGAAGUGGGGGGAGAGCCUAAUGAAAUAUGGGGCAGGAGAAGUGUGGGAUUCCCAGGCAGAAUGGGUCAGGAUGCCCUGGGGGAGAAGGCCUUCAGCACAGACCUUCAGGGUCAACGCUUCCUCUAUGAGGAGACCUUGGGCCCCCGAAAGGUUUGCAGCCGCCUCCACUCUAUCUGCCGCCUGUGGCUGAAGCCCGAGCGACACUCCAAGGCGGAGAUGCUGGACCUGGUGAUCCUGGAGCAGUUCCUGGCUGUCCUUCCUGUGGAGAUGGAGCGCUGGGUGAGAGAAUGUGGAGCAGAGACCACUUCUCAGGCUGUGGCCUUGGCUGAAGGCUUCCUCCUGAGUUGGGCCCAAGAGGAGAAGGAGCUACUGGAAGAGCAGCAGGAGAGAGAGGUCCUUCAAGCCCAGGAGGCCCCACCAGGCACCAGCCAGGGCUUCCCUUCCAGGUGGAUCAAGAUGGAGGAGAAGGACAGAAGCGGUGAUCCACCAGGGGAGGAGCCAAGGAUGAUGGAAAGCUCAUCUCUUUGUGAAGCAGGAGAAAUGGCCUCCAUGAAACAGGAUCAGGUGACUUUUGAGGAUGUGACUGUACAUUUCAGUGAGGAAGAGUGGGUCCUGCUGGACCCGAAUCAACAAGCCCUGCACUGGGAGGUCAUGGGAGAGAAUUAUGAGAUGUUGGCCUCUUUUGGUGGUGCUGGAAAAGAGAGUGAAAAUGGGACAGCAUCAUGUAAAGCAUUGAGGAAAACAACAGGAUAUAAAGAGGAGGGAGAGGGAAACCUGGAAAUGGAAAGAGAAGCUUAUAGAAGGAAGGGGUGUUCUGCUGAUAUAAAGGAAAUAACAAUCCAAGAAACACUAGACGAAACCAGGGGAAUCAGGAACUGUCAUGUCUUUGACAGUAGCUUCUUGCAUGAGGAAUCAUGCCUGAAUGAUGAUAUCUCCAUCCUAAUGGAGAAAGGACAACCUCAAUGCCAUCAAUUGGAAGAGAGCUUUGGAUCUAGUAUGCACCUUACAAACUAUGAAAACCCACAAAUUGUGUAUACGCCGUAUAAAUGCCUGGAGUGUGGGAAAUGUUUCCAUUAUAAAGGAAGCCUAACCACGCACCAAAAAACCCACACAGGAGAGAAGCCGUAUAAAUGCCUGGAAUGUGGAAAAUGUUUCUUUCAGAAAGGAAACCUCGAGAGACACAAAAGAACCCACACAGGAGAGAAGUUGUAUAAAUGCCUGGAGUGUGGGAAAGGGUUUUGUGAUAAGAGAAGUCUUGUUGGACAUGAAAUGAAUCACAAAGGAGAGAAACCCUAUAAAUGCAUUGAAUGUGGGAAAUGCUUUCACCACGAAGCAGUCCUAAACACACACCAAAAAACCCACAUGGGAGAGAAACCAUUUAAAUGCCUGGAGUGUGGGAAAGGUUUUUCUGAUAAGAGAAGUCUUAUUGGACAUGAAAGGAAUCACAGAGGUGAAAAACCCUAUAAUUGCCUGGAGUGUGGAAAGAGUUUCUGUUGGAAAAAAUCCCUAAAGCUGCACCAAUACAUCCACAGGGAUGAGAAGCCAUACACAUGCUUGACCUGUGGAGAAGGCUUUGCUGAGAAGAGAAUUCUCAUUGCACAUGAAAUGAAGCACAGAGGAGAGAAGCCCUAUAAAUGUCUGGAGUGUGGAAAAGGUUUUUCUAAAAAGAGAAGUCUUAUUGGACAUGAAAUGAAUCAUAGAGGAGAGAAACCCUACAAAUGCACUGAGUGCGGAAAAUGCUUUCAUCACAAAGGAGUCCUAAACACACACCAAAAAAUCCACCUGGGAGAGAAGCCAUAUAAAUGUCUAGAGUGUGGAAAAGCUUUCUUUUCGAAAGGACACCUCAAAAGGCAUGAAGGAACCCACACACAAGAAAAACUAUAUACAUGCCUGGAGUGUGGAAAAAGUUUUACUGAUAAGAGAUAUCUUAUUGGACAUGAAAUGAAUCACAGAGGAGAGAAACCUUAUCAAUGCACCGAGUGUGGAAAAUGCUUUAAUUACAAAGGAGUCCUGUACACACACCAAAAAACCCACAUGGAAGAGAAGCCAUAUAAAUGUCUGGAGUGUGGAAAAGGUUUUUCUGAUAAGAGAUACCUUACUGGACAUGAAAUGCAUCACAGAGGAGAGAAACCCUAUAAAUGUCUGGAGUGCGGGAAGAGUUUCUCUUUGCGACGUAGCCUAAGGCUGCACCAAAACACCCACAGAGGAGAGAAACCCUAUAAAUGCCUGAAGUGUGGGAAAUGUUUCUCUCGGAGAGCACACCUCGACAGACAUGAAAGCACCCAUACACAAGAGAAGAUAUAUAAAUGCCUGGAGUGUGGAAAAGGUUUUUCUGGUAAGAAAAGUCUUCUUGGACAUGAAAUGAAUCACAGAGGAGAGAAACCCUACAAAUGCCUGGAGUGCGGGAAGAGUUUCUGUUGGAAAAAUAGCCUAAAGUUGCACCAAUACACCCACAGAGGGAAGAAGCCGUAUCAAUGCCUGGAGUGUGGAAAAUGUUUCUCUCAAAAAGAAGUCCUCAAUACACAUCAAAAAACCCACACACGAGAGAAGCCAUAUAAAUGUUUGGAGUGUGGGAAAUGUUUCUUUCAGAAAGGAAACCUCAAGAAACAUGAAAGAACCCACACAGGAGAGAAACCGUAUAAAUGCCUGGAGUGUGGGAAAAGUUUCUGUGAUAAGAGAAAUCUUAUUGGACAUGAAAUGAAUCACAGAGGAGAGAAACCCUUCAAAUGUCUGGAGUGUGGGAAGAGUUAUGGCCUUAAAUCUGUUCUUACAGCUCACCAGUUCACUCAUACAGGAGAGUUUGGGAAGAGUUUUAGCUACAAAUCAGACCUCACAAAUGUCCAGGAUAGUCAUAUAGAAGAGACAUCAAAAACAUGUCCGGAAUAAGGGAAGAGCUUCCAUUGGAGAGCAAGUCUCAAGGCCCACUGAAAAACUCACAUGGGGUGGGAGUAAAAAAGGCUGGAAUCUGAUAAGAGUUUGAACUGCACAUCAGUCCUCAGAGAUUACUGGAAUGUUCAUGCAAAGAGAAAUUAUACAUAUCCCUGCAUUUUGCAAAUAAUUGAGUUGCACAACAAGCUUCUUGGUGUACUAAAAAACCCACACGGGAAAGAAGCCAUGGAAAUGGCUGGAGUGUGGUAAAGGCUUCACUCAGGGGAAACAUCCCCUUGAACAUGAAAUGAAUCUCAGAGGAGAGAAGCUUCUAAAUGCUCAGAGGGUGGGAAGAGUUGUGUCCUCAAAUCAGGUCUCAAAACUCCAUGAGAGAAAGCAUACACACGCCAAGAGGGUGGGAAGAAUUCAAUCCUCAGUAGGCACCAGAAUAGUCACACAAUGAAGGAAACACAUGUGGACAGAAAACUGCUGUAGCCUUUAUAUUGAUUCUUUCUUAUCUAAACUGACAGUUGAUUCAAAUCAUCUUGGAUGUUUUCUUGGCACACUUUAAGGGAGAACCUGGCAGGUUCAGCCCAGUCCUGGCCUUGUGGCACUGUCGCCGCUUCACCGGUUGAGAUGAUGCGGUUUCCACACUGGUUUCCUCCUUUUCAGCUGUUUUGUACUUGCUUUAGUAAGUUCACUGAAAUGUAUUUCUUGUAUUCUUUUGCAAAUGCUCAGAGAGAAAUAAAGGCAUCUUAUGGCC